GUAAUAUAAACAGCAAGUAGCCGUUAGAGAGCAAGAAAAUUGAAAAAAAUAAAAUAAAAUAACCUCUUUUAAAAUUUCUUCUGCUAUAGUCCCAAAAUUAUAGUCACUUGAUUCACCAGUUAGUCCAAUUUUCAAAUUUUCCAUUAAAUUUGUUUGAUUUUCUUGGACUGAGUUGCUAACAAAUUGUUUUUGACGACGGAUUAGGUUAAAAAAAACAGAAUGAUGUCAGUUACUCCAGAUCAUUUCAGGAAAGUAGGGUUAGGAGGAGUAACGCCGUCUCCGUCUCCUUUUCUUACGCCCCGGCCGGAGCGGCGCUCACGGCAGGAUUCGAGAGUAGCGGAGUGGAACUCAAACCGUCAGGAUAGAGAUAAAGAGGUUAAUGUUCAAGUUCUUCUCAGAUGCAGGCCAUUGAGUGAUGAAGAGCAAAAGGCUAAUGUUCCAAAAGUGAUAUUAUGUAAUGAGCUUAAGAGAGAGGUCAAUGUUUUGCAAAAUGUGGCUAAUAAACAACUGGAUAGAGUCUUCAACUUUGAUAAGGUUUUUGGUCCUAAAGCGCAACAAAGAUCGAUAUAUGAUCAAGCGAUUGUCCCGAUUGUUAAUGAAGUUCUUGACGGGUUUAACUGCACAGUUUUUGCAUAUGGGCAGACUGGCACUGGAAAAACAUAUACAAUGGAAGGUGGAAUGCGAAAUAAGGGUGGAGAUUUGCCUGCUGAGGCUGGUGUCAUACCACGAGCAGUUCGCCAAAUCUUUGACACACUUGAGGCCCAAAAUGCAGAUUAUAGCAUGAAAGUGACAUUUUUGGAACUGUACAAUGAAGAAAUAACUGAUUUACUAGCUCCAGAAGACAAUGCGAGGUCUACAGAAGAUAGGCAGAGGAAACCUAUUUCUUUGAUGGAGGAUGGAAAGGGUUGUGUGGUUGUAAGAGGCCUUGAGGAAGAAGCUGUUUACAGUGCAAAUGAAAUCUACACUCUUUUAGAGCGAGGAUCGGCUAAAAGACGCACCGCAGAUACUUUGUUGAACAAACAUAGCAGUCGAUCUCAUUCUGUCUUUUCUAUUACUGUCCACAUAAAAGAAGCUACAAUUGGAGAUGAAGAACUUAUUAAAUGUGGCAAGCUUAAUCUUGUUGAUCUGGCAGGAUCAGAGAACAUUUCUCGCUCAGGCGCAAGAGAGGGCCGUGCAAGAGAAGCAGGGGAGAUAAACAAGAGCUUACUUACUCUGGGCCGUGUUAUAAAUGCACUUGUGGAACAUUCAACUCAUAUACCUUACAGGGAUAGUAAGUUGACAAGGCUAUUAAGAGACUCCUUGGGAGGAAAGACAAAAACUUGCAUAAUUGCUACAAUUUCUCCUUCUGUUCAUUCAUUAGAAGAGACAUUAAGCACACUAGAUUAUGCUUACCGAGCCAAGAACAUAAAGAACAAACCAGAGGCAAACCAAAAAAUGUCCAAGGCUGUGUUGCUCAAGGAUCUGUACUUAGAAAUUGAGAGAAUGAAAGAAGAUGUUAAAGCAGCAAGGGAAAAGAAUGGUGUUUAUGUUCCGCACGACAGAUAUGUACAGGAUGAAACGGAAAAGAAGGCAAGGAUUGAGAAGAUAGAACAGUUGGAAAAUGAUCUCAACCUUAGUGAGAAGCAAGUUGAUAAGUUUCGUGAGCUUUAUCUCACAGAGCAGGAGCAGAAACUUGACAUAGAAAGUGAUCUCAAAGAUUGUAAGUUAAAUCUUGAGAAAUGUAACAAGGAACUUCUUGAUCUUCAUGAGAAUUAUAGAGUAGCUAUCUCAACACUGAAGGAAAAGGAAUUUAUCAUCUCUGAGCUUCUUAACUCAGAAAAAUCCUUGACUGAACGGGCAAAGGAGCUACGAACUGAGUUGCAAACUGCAUCAGAAGACAUAACUUCUCUGUUCACAAAAUUAGAUCAGAAGAACAAGAUGGAAGCGGAUAACCAGCGACAAAUUUUGGUAUUUGGUUCUCAUCUUGACCAAAGUUUGAAAGAUGUGCACAGGAUUAUCCUUAUGUCAGUUUCUCAACAACAGCAACACAUAAGAUGCAUGGAAGAACAUUCUCAAUCAUUUCUUGCUAGCAAAUGUGAUGCAACAGAAAUUUUGGAAUCAAGGAUUAAGAAACUGACCGAGACAUACACUUCAGGAGUAGCAACCUUAAAGGAACUUGCCAACACAAUGCAAAAGAAAGCGUCAUCUGAUUUGGAGCAUAUAAAUGCUACAAUCUCAUCUCAAACUACGGCUGUUGAGCAUUUUCUUGCCACUGCUGUAUUGGAGGCCAAGGAGGUUAUUCAAGAAACUCAGAAUUUACUAAAUGAGCAGAAACAGCUGUUAGCUCUAUCCGCCCGACAACAGGAGGAUGGACUAAAGCGAACUAUGACAUCUUCCCAAGUAAUUUCAAAGGCAACAGUGAACUAUUUCAAAGAUCUCUAUUGUCAGGCAUCCAAUGUCAUGACAGCUCUUCAAGAAAGCCAUAUCAAAAAAUCCCGCCAGUUAGCUGAUUUGGAGAAGACAUUUCAAGAAGAAGCUGCCAGAGAGGAAAAACAAGCACUGGAAAAUAUUGCAGAAAUAUUAUCAGCAUUGACAUCUAGAAAAACAGUUAUGGUCUCAGAGACUUCCAGGAACAUCAAUAACUUGAACAUACAAGAGAACAAGAGAUUUCAGCAGGACAUGUCCAGUAUGCAGCAGGUUUCCAUGAAUGCUCAGGAAAAAAUAAGUAGAUACGUCGAAAAUGUAGGAAGACAUUUCAUGGAAGACACAUUCUCAGCGGCUGAAUCAACGGCUGCUAUGGAAAAUGUUCUUGAGGAAUGCACAAAGAAGACGGACAACUCGAGGCAACAAUGGGAGAAUACUCGAUCAUACAUAAGCAAUCUCAAUAAGAACAAUGUUAUUAAGAUAAAGUCUUCCACGAAAGAAAAAAUCAAUGCAAAUGAUGUUUCACAUGAAGAAUAUUUAUCUGCGUCGUCUGCCAUUGAUGCAGAUUUUGAUUUUAGAACGUGUGAUGUGAUGUCUGCAGUUGAAGAUUCACUAACGCAUGACCGAGAAAGUAAGACAGAAAUUGAAUCCAUUAGUGCACAAUGUUUGGAUCAACUCAAGUCUAUACAAGAGAAGCAUGGUCAAAGCAUUGCAGCUAUUAGAACCAAAGCAGAGAAGUCAUUAACAGAAGAAUAUUUGGUUGAUGAGCAUAGUGGCACAACACCGAAAAGGCGAGCUGUAUCGGUGCCCAGCUUAGCAUCCAUUGAAGAGAUGAGAGCAGCUGUAUACCGAAAUGUGAAAGAAGAGAAGAAUUCGGAGAAGAGAGUAAAAUGGGGACGUAACGAGAGCAAAAUGAUGCCGCAAGCAGCAUCACCUACCAGAUCUCCUUUUGCUCAGGUCAACUGAAGCUGAUUAUUAGGAUUAGGAGAGACCCUAUACUUUGCAGAUGCUCAUCAACUGAUGAGAGCAGUGUAUGAUACAUUAUGUAUGAAAUCCAAUAUGCAAUUAUGUUAUGGCUGAAAUGAAGUGUUUUUCACCUGUAAA